AUGUCCUGCAAGGUUGUUCUCGCUCAGGGUAUCUCGGCCUCCUACAGAGAGGAGCUGAAGAGCACGAUUAAGACUCGCAACAUCUGCCCCAAGCUGGUCGGCUUCCUUGCCAAUGAGGACCCUGCUGCAGCCAAGUAUGCCGAGUGGACUGCAAAGACCUGUGCCGAGACCGGCGUCGAGUUUGAGCUCAGAAAGUGCUCGAGAAACGAUCUCGAGGACAAGAUUAUCGAGGCCAACCAGGAUGCUGGUGUUAAUGGAAUCAUGGUCUACUACCCUGUCUUUGGAGAUCGUCAGGAUCAAUACCUCCAGAAUGUCGUCGAUGUCAGCAAGGAUGUCGAGGGUCUGCACCACAAGUACGUUUACAACAUGUACCACAACAUCCGCUUCCUCGACGAGGCUAAGACCAAGAAGUGUAUCAUUCCUUGCACCCCCCUCGGAUUGGUCAAGGUCAUGGAAUAUGUUGGAGUCUACAAUGGAAUUCUUCCCCACGGUAACCGCCUUCACGGAAGAGUUGUCACCAUCAUCAACCGCUCCGAAAUCGUCGGGCGUCCCCUCGCCGCUCUUCUCGCCAACGACGGUGCCAAGGUCUACUCUGUCGAUAUCAAUGGCAUCCAAGAGUUUCACCGUGGUGUCGGUCUUCAAUUGAAGAAGCACGAGGUUUCCGAGACGUCUUUGACCGUUGAGGAAGUCCUCCCCCUCUCGGACGUUGUCAUCACCGGUGUCCCCUCGCCCUCCUACAAGGUCCCCUCGCACCUGAUCCGCGACGGAGCCGUCUGCAUCAACUUCUCGACCUUCAAGAACUUUGACGGCGAAGAGAUCAAGAAGAAAGCCGCCAUCUACGUCCCUGCCGUCGGCAAAGUCACCGUCGCCAUGCUCGAGCGCAACCUCGUCCGUCUCUAUGACUACCAGGCUCAAGAUCGUGCCCCCUCUACCGCCUAA